AUGAAUUGCGUAUUCUGGAAUUGUCAAGGGCUCGGGGCGCCUUUGACAAUUCACGUACUCGGAGACAUUCUCCGAGUUCACAGGCCCCGGAUUGUGUUUCUCUCGGAAACGAGGGCGACACUUCUUCGUAUUGAGAGAUUGAAAAAACAAUGGAAUCUUAACGGAGUUGGUGUGGAGAAGGUGGGACAAUCUGGUGGGUUAGUUCUUUUUUGGCAGAAAGAUUUAGCGGUUGACUUGAUUAGUUACUCUAAUAAUCAUAUUGAUGCAGAGGUUUUCGAUGAAAACCAGAAUAGCAAAUGGAGAGUAACGGGUUUUUACGGAUUUCCAGAACAGGGUCGUCGAAAGCUCUUGGGAUCUGUUGCAUUGGAUAGAGUUUGUGCUAGUUCAGAAUGGAUUUCCAAAUUUCCUCACGCUCGAGUUCACCACUUGAACUACUCGGGAUCGGAUCACGUUCCUAUCAAACUUGUUCUUAGAGUACCGACUCGUGCUCGUAUCUCGGGUAAGAAACGACCUUUUCGAUUUGAGGCUACUUGGCUCCGAAGAGAGAAUUGUGAGCAGAUCAUAGAGAAUCAAUGGAGGAAGAGCGUCGAUGCAGGGUCGAUGGAGUCGGUGAUCUACAAAAACUCUGAGUGUCGUCUUGCGUUGAUCCUAUGGAGUAAACUAACGGUUCAGCAGCCAAGAAAGAAGAUUAAAAGUCUUCACAAACGACUCCAAUCUCUCCUAUUGGCCGAACAAACAGUUGCUCGAAGGGAAGAAAUUCGGGGUGUGAGAGCUGAGUUAGAACAAGCUUAUGGAGACGAUGACAUGUACUGGCGCCAACGCAAUCGAGUGCAAUGGAUUCAAGAAGGGGACAGGAAUACGAGGUUUUUUCACUCCAAGGCCACUAUCAGGAGACGUACAAAUCGAGUGGAUCGUCUUAAAGAUACAGAGGGAAUUUGGAAAGAGAAAGAUGAGGACACUGAGAAUAUUAUUUCUAAUUAUUUCGAGCACAUCUUCAAGUCCACAAAUCCGAGAGAGGAUGAGAUAGAUGAGGUGUUGGCGAGUGUCGAGACCAGAAUUUCCAGGGAAGCUAGUCAACUUCUGUCAAAGCCUUUUACUUCGAAUGAGUUUGGCGGUGUUGUUCCCUCGAGAGGGCUUCGGCAGGGCGACCCCCUCUCCCCAUACCUGUUUAUCUGUUGUGCUGAGGCUCUUAUUGCAAUGAUUGCAAAUGCCACUGUUAGAGGAGAAUUCCAAGGUGUCCGUGUCGCCCAAACAACUCCGAUGGUGUCUAGCUUGUGCUUUGCCGACGACACUCUUAUUUUCGGGCAUGCUACUGAGGAAUAUGCAGUUGCUUUGAAAGAAAUUCUCGUCAAGUAUGCCAGAGUAUCCGGGCAGGAGAUUAAUCAUCAGAAAUCUACGAUGACUUUUAAUCAAGGGUGGGGGGAGAAACAACUCUCCAAAGCGGGCAAGGAAGUUUUGAUCAAAGCAGUUCUACAGGCUAUCCCGACUUACGUGAUGAGCUGUUUUCUUCUCCCCGAAGGACUUAUUCAGGAAAUUGAAAUGACAAUCAGACGAUUUUGGUGGGGGAAUGGAGAGAAUAAGGGCAUGGUCUGGUUGUCGUGGGGGGAGAUGUGCAAAGCUAAGGAACUUGGAGGAUUGGGAUUUCGAGACUUGAAAGCCUUCAAUUUUGCGUUGCUUGUGAAACAAGCGUGGAGGAUUUUCACUAAUCCAGAUCUGUUGUUGUCAAAGAUUAUCUAUGCCAGGUAUUUUCCGAAUGGCUAUCUCUUUAACGCAAACGUGGGAUUUCGACCAUCCGCCACUUGGAGAAGCAUUUGGAAGGUUAUUCCGUUUUUGAAGAUGGGCCUCCGUAGAAGAAUUGGAAAUGGUCUCGACACAUCUAUAUGGGGUGAUCCAUGGCUUCGAGAGGGAGGGGGGUUUAAGAUUUUCACCAAGCGUGAAGUAAUUUGGCUUUUCCGGAUAGGGUCUCAGAUAUAA